CCCUGGAGGCCCCCAAUCGCAAACGAGCAGUUGCUCCAGCGUCCCGUCGCUUGCGGGAGGAACAUGGCGGAUCGGCUCACACAGCUGCAGGACGCUGUGAACUCGCUUGCAGAUCAGUUCUGUAACGCCAUCGGAGUGCUGCAGCAGUGUGGGCCCCCUGCCUCCUUCAGUAACGUUCAGACAGCAGUUAACAAAGAUCAGCCAGCUAGUCCUACAGAAGAAUAUGCCCAGCUUUUUGCAGCACUGAUUGCACGAACAGCCAAAGACAUCGAUGUUUUGAUAGAUUCCUUACCCAGUGAAGAAUCUACAGCUGCUUUACAGGCUGCUAGCUUGUAUAAGCUAGAAGAAGAAAACCACGAAGCUGCUACAUGUCUGGAAGAUGUUGUUUAUCGAGGGGACAUGCUUCUGGAAAAGAUACAAAGUGCACUUGCUGAUAUUGCGCAGUCACAGCUGAAGACAAGAAGUGGUACCCACAGCCAGGCUGUUCCAGACUCAUAGUACCUGAGCCUACCCAGGGGCCGAGAAAAGGACUAUUCCAAUGCCAUUAAGAAUUCUGCAUCAGUUUAGAUGUAAGCCUUACCAACAGUUACAGGAACAGUAAGCACUAUGAUACGUGUUAUCUUUUUAGCUAUUUUUAAUAGUCUUCUAUUUUCACUCUUGAUAAAUAAGCCCCCAAAUUGUGACUGAAUCAGUUUAAACCAUCGUUCUACCAAAAUUUUUUAUUAUCUGAAAUUAUUGAGGCAGAUACUGCAUUAAUGGUCAUAUAAUUAAACUGAUGUAUUAUAGAA